AGCCGCAAUGCCGGAGCCACCGAAGACUGCGCCCAAGAAGGGCUCCAAGAAAGCCGUCACCAAGGCCCCCGGCAAGGGCAAAGGCAAACGCCGAAAGGGAAGGAAGGAGAGCUACGCCAUCUACGUGUACAAGGUGCUCAAACAAGUGCACCCCGACACCGGCAUCUCGUCCAAGGCCAUGAGCAUCAUGAACUCCUUCGUCAACGACAUCUUCGAGCGCAUCGCGUCCGAGUCCGCCCGCCUGGCUCAGUACAACAAGAGAUCCACCAUCACGUCCAGGGAGAUCCAGACCGCCGUGCGCCUCCUCCUUCCCGGCGAGCUGGCCAAGCACGCCGUCUCUGAGGGCACCAAGGCCGUCACCAAGUACACCAGCUCCAAGUAAAGAUUGCAGAAAUCUCGUCAAACCAAAGGUUCUUUUAAGAGCCACCCACUCCUUCCAAAGAGUUUCUCCUGUUUUCAUCCUUAAUGUUGGCCGACUGCUAUGUCGAGGUGGCCAUUUUGUGCCUAACAUGGAGGACACUGCGAAUGUACCAACGUGUUACUUUCCACACAAAGGAAUGUACAUCAUUUAAUCUGAAA